CGCCGGCUCCGCCCCGGGGGCCACAUCGGCGGAGGGGGGAGCGCUCUGCCGAGCUUAGCCGUGCCCAGCCCGCCGAGCGGAGCAGGUCCUGUAAGUGAAAGAAGAUGGGGUCUGGCUGCCUAAAAGUCACCAAGUACUUCCUCUUCCUUUUCAACCUCCUGUUCCUUAUUCUGGGUGCCGUGAUCCUGGGGUUUGGAGUAUGGAUUCUGGCCGACAAAACGAGUUUCAUUGCAGUUCUACAGAUGUCGUCUCCCUCCCUGAAGACUGGUGCAUACAUCCUCAUUGGUGUUGGGGCACUUACCAUGCUGAUGGGGUUCCUGGGCUGUCUUGGAGCCGUCAAUGAAAUCCGGUGUCUCUUGGGUCUGUACUUCACCUGCCUGAUGAUAAUCCUCUUAGCUCAGGUUGCUGCUGCACUGGUCAUCUACUUCCAGAAAGAAACGUUGAAAGCUGAGUUGUCUGGCAUAGUUGUAGGUCUGAUUGAAAAGUAUGACCCUUCGGAUGAAGAUAAGAGGAACUUGCAAGAUGCAUGGGACUAUGUGCAGAUACAGAUUGCCUGCUGUGGCUGGACUGGAGCAAAGGAAUGGGAAAAAAAUGAGAUUCUAAGGAACAAAAGCAAUACUGAGUAUCCGUGCUCCUGCUCCAAUAGAUCUAAGGACUUAGUGGAAGGAAGAGGUUUCUGCAAUCUGGAAGACCCUCUCAAUGGCACAGCAACAUAUGCUGACUGGCCUGUUCAUGAGCAGGGAUGCAUGGAUGGUGUAGAGGAGUGGCUGAAGGACAACCUUGGUAUCAUUCUUGGGGUUUGCACUGGUGUUGCUGUUAUAGAGCUGCUGGGGAUGAUACUGGCCAUUUCGCUUUGCAAGAACAUACACAGUGAAGACUACACCAAAGUGCCCAAGUCUUGAGUUGGCUACUCCAGAGCUACGGCACCGCAGAGAAAGGAGCAAACAGAACAUUCCUGCCCAGACUGUCCAACAACCAUUAUUUCUUUGACAUCCCAUAUCUGAUACCACUCUGCUAAGAACUGUUAGAGCUGCAACACAGCCUGAUCUUCUGUCAAUAGGGCCCUUGGGCCACCUGCAUCCUGCCUCUGGAUUAUUUCUACUUCAAGAAGCAGAACUUAAACUGUCUUGUGUCACACGAGACACUGAUUAACCUGAGGGAACAAUGCUUUUGCUGUCUGCUCCAUGUUAAACAAUACUAUUCAUAUCUUCAUUGUGCAACCCACUGGACCUAACAUACAAUAACUUUUCU